GUUUUGCUAUAUGUUAUCGUACACUACCUUUUGCUUUAGGAGUGAACUUACUGCUCUCUAAGUUACGACCAAGAAGUUAUGAUACGUCGAUGUAAUUAUCUCGCGGUUCACCCUGCUUCAACCAGGCGCCCGGUACUUAUUAUGUGAAGUGUACUAUAGACUACUAAUGGUAGCACAUCCACGGCAGUUAGCAGACCUUGUAUUGGCGAAAGCACGCAGCAAGCAUAAAUGCCCUCUGCGCUCGAGGAUGGUCUCCCUCCACACUUACGGCGUAACAUAGAGGACUCCCUUAGCGGCAAAAGGGACGUCCUUAAGCCGCCGCCCCGCAAGCGUCCUCCAAACGUUCCCAUUCCUGUCACCCUCGCCCACCUCGAAGACAACGCCAGCUGCUACGCCAGCAGCUAUCGCAGCCUCAGCCCCACCUUACGACCACAUCCUCAAAGCCACCCUCACCAGCCUCAAUACGCCGGCUCUGAUGCGUCCUUUGGUACACCCUUGUCGUACAGCACAUGGCGGCCCGCCUCCGCCCAUGAGGGCUGCAGCGGUGGUGGCGGCAGCGGCAGCCGCACCGGGAGCCCCUCGCGCCUCGAGGAGCUGCUGGCGGCUCCGCCCAGCGGCCCAGCCGUGCUGAGUGUCGCACGUGUGGUGGGCAAUGCGUGGUCUCGGCAGCAGGAGCGCGAGUGGUACCGGGGCCAGCUGGCGUUGAGGCCAGAGCGUGUUGUCGCCGAGUCGGAGCGGCUGCUGCUGGCUGCCAUGGGCCCCAUCGGUCUGGACCCCUCCGUGUGGCGCAAGCUGCCGGACAAGGUGGAGGCGCUGGCGGAGCGGAACGUCAUGCGGCAGGAGGCGGCGGAGCUGCAGAGGUUGCGGCUAGAGGAAUGGCACCCCUCCCUGAUAGCGACCUCCGCCACCGCUGCCGUGCAAGCAGCUGUGCAAGCCGUUCGUAACGGCAGCAGCGGCGGCGGCGGCGGCAGCGGAGCUGCCAGCAGCAGCGCUUGCGGCAGCGAGCGGCCUCGGUCCUCCCGCGGCUGCAGCGGCGGCGGCGCUCCCUCCGUGACGAGCAGUACGACAGCGGGCUUCGGUUCCCACUCGGCUUCGUCUUACUCUCGUGGGAGCAAGUCAUCUGCUGGCCCGCACUAUGCCGAGACCGACCUGGAGCGCCACAGGCUGCAAAACGCCCUGCUGAAGCUCAUAGAGAAGCAGGAGGCGGAGGCGGCGGAGGAAGAGGCGGCGGCGGAGGCGGCCAGCGUCGGCAGCAGCGCGCCGCCAACCCCGGGCCCCUUCUCGCCGGGCAGCGCCGCCGCCGCCGCCUUCGGCCUCUGGCCUCCGUCCCCGCCGCCACCAUCCGCCCAAUCCUUCAAACGUGCCGACACCCUAGCCAGCUCCGCCUCCCCCACCGCCGCCUCCGCCGCCGCCCGAAGGAGCUACGGCAGCACCGGCGCGCACAGCAGGUCCGCUGGUGGCAGCAAACCCUUCAAGCCCUUGUACGGCAAUUCCACAUCCACCUCCGCUGGUGCCGCCGCUGCUGCUGACGGCAACGGUGACGGCGACACGGAAUCCAACUCCUCCACGGCAGCGCCGCUGAGCCCCGGUGCCCGGGCGCUGCUGAGUCGGCAGUCCUUCCGAAACAGCCGGGCCGCCUGGCACCAGCGGGAGGCGGACCGGGAGGCGCGGUGGAAGCAGCAGUCGCGGCAGCUGGCGGAGAGGGUGGUGGAGUAUCUGGAGAUGGAGAGCCCGGCGGCGGCAGCCAGGAGCGCGAGGGCGUCGGCGGCAGGGUUCAACACGCCCUACCGAGGGACCCGUGGGUCAGCCGCAAGCGCCACUAGCGCCGUCACCACCACAACCACCGCUUCCUCAGCCGCCACCACCACCUUGGCCACUACCGGCAACAUCACAAGGUUCGCUCUCAACCUGGGUGGCAGUGGCGGCAGUGGCAAUAGCGCUGCUGCCGCCGGAGGUAUCGGAGGUGGUGGCAGCGGCAACAGCAGUCCUCCGGGCGCCCUAACAUCCCGCAUGCAGCACCAGCAGCCCGUGGCGGCAGGUGGUUGCGGUGGUGGUGGUACGGCGGGUGUACGGAUAGCGGAGCGGUCGCUGUCUACGGCAUCUGCGCUGUCGGGCGUGUCCGGGUCGUCAGCGGGGUCCGCGGCGGCGCGGGAGGAGGAGAUGGAACUGGACUUGCCGCCGGAGCUGGCCGCCCAGGCCGCGCUGCUGGUGGAGCGCUACGAGGCCGCAUGCGACCGCCACGGACUGCACCGCGAGGCGGAGCUCAGCGCGGCACUGCGGCGCAGCUUCAUACAGCAGCCGCCGCCCUUCGUGCCCGCGACCGCAGCGGGGGCGGCGGCGAGGGCGGCGGCGGCGGCAGCUGGGGAUGAGGAUGUGGACUCCGCUGCCGGUGGAGAGAUGGUGGUGUACCCCCCCGGCCCGCACCUGCACCUGGUGGCGCUGGCGCUCACCAGCCGGGAGUCCGCGGCGGCGCUGGGGGAGGUGCUGCCCGCCUGCACACACGUGCAGGCCCUCACCCUGGAGCGCUGCGUGCUGUCCCCGGACGCGCUGUCGGUGGUGCUGCCGGCGCUGUGGGGCCUGCCGCUGCGGGCGCUGCACACACCCAACACCGACUUCCCGCCGCCCGCCUGGAUAUGGCUGCGGCGCGCCCUGGGCCGCCCCACCGUGUCGGGUGUGGAGGCCGCCUGGUGGGGCACCCUGCGGCAGCUGGGGCUCACGGGGAACGCGCUGGCGGACCAGGGGCUGUGCGCCGUCGUGGAGGUCCUGGUCGACAUGCCGCGUCUGGAGUACCUGGGUUUGCGGCAGUGCGGCCUCACCGACCUGUCCGCGCCGCUGCUGGGCCGCAUCACAGCGCACUGCGGCAAGUACUGCUUCCCGGGCGCCAACAACGGCAACCAGCACAGCGGGGGCAGCAGCAAGGAUAAGGACAAGGAAGCAGCCGGCAGAAGGAGCCGGGCGGGUAGUCACCGGUUCCGCAGCCUCGGCCGUGCCGUGCAUGCAGCCACUGCUUUUGCCACGGCGGCAGGUGGGGGGUCACCGAGCAGCAGCAGCAGCAGGCACCCCCGUGUCAGCCACCACCUCAGCAACCGCAGCAGCUACGCUCGCAGCCAGGGCGGCACCAGCGCCGCUGGCGGCAACCACACGGGCGGCAGCAGCGAUGAUGACAGCAGCAGCGGCAACGGGGGCGGUGAGGGCAGUAGGAGUGCAAGGAGGGCCAGGCGGGAGCGCGGGCGGGCGCUGCUGGCGUCCCUGGUGAAGGGCGCGGAGGGGCCGCUGGGCGGCUUGCGGGAGCUGGACCUGGGCUUCAACAACCUGGGGCAGCGGGCCAUGGGGGCGCUGGCGCAGGCGCUGCCGCUGGCCCCCCGUCUGACGCGUCUCAGCCUGGCUUGGAACAGUGUUGGCGGCGGCGGGGUGGCGCAGCUGUGUUGGACGCUGGUGCGGCUGCGGGGGCACUGCCGGCUGCAGGAGCUGGACCUGGCGGGGACGGACCUGGUGGCGCAGGACAUGUUCGCUCUGGCUGCCGUACUCCGCUCCUGGCCGCAUACCUCCGUACGGCACCUCAACCUCUCCUGCAACAACCUGGUGGGGGUGGCUGCGCAGUGCCUGCUGCGCCACAUGAACCGCCUCAUGAUGCCCUCACCCGAGGAGAUCGAGCAGGAGGAGCUAGAUGACGAGGAGGGCGGCGGAUGGCCGCAGCCGCCGCCGCCGGCCCGAAUGCCCAGCAUCGGCGGCGGUGUCCUCGGCACGCGAGCGUCAAUGUACGACGACGGCGGAGCUGACGGCGGCGCGAACGGCCCUCGACCGCUGGUCCCGAUCCUCAAGGGCGGCGCAGGCGGCGGCCGUAACGACGGCCCCGUUAAACGGCUAACCAUCAACCCCAACCCGCAGCCUCCGUCAGCGCCAGCGGCGGCGUUGUCAUUAACGUCCAGCACGCCGCCGUCAUCGCCGCCAUCGUACCGUGCUUCCGGUGUCGGCCCAUUUCUGUCGUACGGAUCAUUGAGUGGCGCCGCCGGGGAGGCGCUGACGGUACCGCUGGAGCCGCCGCCGGGUCUAGCCAAUGCGCGUCCCUCAUCCGUUGCCGCCGCCACUGUUGCAGUGGCUCACGUGCGCGCUGCUGCUGUCGCCGCGGCGGCGGACCCCGAGCCCAUGCUGGUCAACACCACGGACUGCCUUGUGGUUCCCCACAUGCCGCCGGGCUUGCGGCCGCGCGUCCGAUCCGAUGGGCAGCUCAGGCAGUCGACGGUAGAGGCCGCCGCAGCUGCUGCCGCCAACGCUGCUGAGCGUUUGCGAGCACGUGAGCGGCGUAUCAGCAGCAGCGGAAACACCGGCAGCAGCGUCGCGAUGGUGCGUCAGGGCGGUUCGCCGCGGUCUAGGUCGCCGACACGGGCGUUGACGGCGCAGGAGGUGGCAGCAGCGGCCGCCGCCACUCGCGCGGCGGCGGAGGCGGCAGCAGCGGCGGAGGCCAGGGCGGCGGCGGAGGCUAAGGCUGAGAAGGAGGCGGAGGCGGCUGCCUUCAGCGGGCCGCAUGGGGUGUACAGUGCAGCGCUGGACUUGCGGAUGGACUUGCCUGAUCGGGCAAUCGCUGCGCUGCUGAUAGAGCACGAGAUGGACAUGCGGCGGCAUGGCUACCGCUCCACGUUCCUGACCGUGAAGUGGCGUGGCAAGGUCUACAAAAGGGACGGCGAGGAGAUCGAGCCGCUUGACGUGAUGUUCUCCGGCUGGACGCACCACCUGCCGUACGAGGGGGUGCUGGAGCUGCGGGUGCGGGUGCUGCCGCCGCACCUCUGCCCCUGGCUGGCCAACCGCCGACUGCACUUCAACACACGCAGCUGCUGAUGAGCCAGCGGGGCUUGUCCGUUGUGGAGCUUCUGCCCAACCAGGCCGCCUGGCAGCCAGAGCCAUGCCGCUAUAUAAAGGCCCAAACCAAUAACAAGUAGAGUGGGGUCGCGAGACUUUGAAUGAAGCAUCAAGGACGGGCACUGCCCGGGUGGCAAGCAGGGACCUGAAGCAGGUCACCACUGGUCCAGACGUGCUGCGGUCAGCAAAGGCCUCAAAGAGUCGGUGUCAAUGCGACAUGCUUGCCAGCCUUAGCUGGACAAGGGGGUGCCAGCUCGUCAUGUCAUGCAGAGAAUAUACAACAGCGGGGUUGAUGCCUGCGGCUAAACCAUCUCAUCACUCAUACUUCGAGAGGCGUAUGCUCAGUGUAAGGGCGGGGGGGCGGGCCAUGUACGUUUCUUGCACGUGAGGUGAACCGCCCAUUGAGCGGCGAACGCGUUUGGAGCCGCUGGGGCCCGACAUAACUACGCCACACGGUGUAAAGGCAACCGGUGGAUUUCCGAGGAACAGCAGCGCUUGCCUUUCUUACUACUGCUGUUCUUUGCCCUAAGCAUAGACGUGUAGAAACAAGCAUCAUUGUGCGGAUGCCCAGCACUUCGUCAGGGGGGGAAGAAUUUCACCGCCCCCGCUGACACACCCAGGAUCAGUCGAGGGGGCGGGGUUCGUAAUAAUUCCCACGUCAUUUCGGCCCCGUGGUUGGCACAGCUUUACAAGAUAAUUAUUAAUUACGCAAAUGAUACUCUCUGUGCUGGUACAUACACGAGGUACAAAAGGACUGUUCACGCACGGUACUGUACACGGUACACCAGACCGAAGCGAUCUCAUGGCCUGCCCAAAUGGUUGUGUAGCUGGCAUGGAGGGCUGACGGUGCGGCGGGGUGCGUGAUUGGGUGUGUGUUUGCGGCCGUUUACGAGGGUGGCUGACGAGGGGGGGCUGACGUGGCUGCUUAGGAGAGUGUCACAUGGGCGUCCCGUUUGGGAGGGUUGGUUGGCAGCGUUGUAGGGACACAUGAGGGAGGCGUUUACAUCGUUGAGCGGCAGGCCAACACAGGGCCAAUGGGCACAUUGCACCGGCAAGCCCGGCGUCUGCGGCCCUGAGGGGCUUGUCGUCUUGCCAAUAAGGAGGGUCGCAAUUGCGAUACUAUGCAGCCAUAAUGUUUGAUUUCUGUGCCUGCUUCACGGCACCCCGCUUAACUUGCAUAUGUACCCUUCCUACCUGAGAGCCCA